CUUAAGGAGAUGAGGUUGCCGCAUCAAACCUGAGGGCGGGAGCUGCUGACCCUGAGGAAGGGGAGGGCAAGGCGCCUCCCUCCCUGUGCUUGCCGCUGGCCCCGCACUUCACGGAGACCGGCAGGUUGGUGCGGGUCAGGAAUAAAUCAAGAGAGAUCGUAGGGGCCAGCCUCCUGAUAGAGGACGCUCUCGCAGCUCCAAUCCUUUGCGCCCGGGGACCUCUGCCCGAGGCCAGUAGCCCAAGAGAGCGAGUACGCCAAUCGGACCAGCUCCGGCUUCGCAGCCUCACUGGCCCGGAAGGUGGACACCUCGCACCUCAGUCUCUCAAUUACAGCCCCCCUUCAUUCCCCCCUCGGCUAGCCUUCCCCUUCCCUCCAUCUCCUUUCAUUCCUGAAAACCUGUGGCUCCGAGAAACCUUGGCUUCUCUGGGACUCUACCCCAGGGGCCUGGCCACAUCCGCUCCUGAGUUUGGGGAGCAGAGGGGCAAUCGCCCCAAGAAGUCUCUCCAGCGAUGGGAGCCGCCCGCCUGCUGCCUAACCUUACCCUGUGCUUGCAGCUAUUGAUUCUCUGCUGUCAAACGCAGGGGGAGAAUCACCCGUCUCCUAAUUUUAACCAGUACGUGAGGGACCAGGGCGCUAUGACCGACCAGCUGAGCAGGCGGCAAAUCCGUGAAUACCAGCUCUACAGCCGGACCAGUGGCAAGCACGUGCAGGUCACCGGACGUCGCAUCUCUGCCACCGCAGAGGAUGGCAACAAGUUCGCCAAGCUCAUCGUGGAGACAGAUACAUUCGGCAGCAGAGUCCGCAUCAAGGGGGCAGAGAGCGAGAAGUACAUCUGUAUGAACAAGAGGGGCAAGCUGAUUGGGAAGCCGAGCGGGAAGAGCAAAGACUGCGUGUUCACCGAGAUCGUACUGGAGAAUAACUACACGGCCUUCCAGAACGCCCGGCACGAGGGCUGGUUCAUGGCUUUCACUCGGCAGGGCCGGCCACGCCAGGCCUCCCGGAGCCGCCAGAACCAGCGAGAGGCCCACUUCAUCAAGCGCCUCUACCAAGGCCAGCUGCCUUUUCCCAACCACGCUGAAAGGCAGAAGCAGUUCGAAUUCGUGGGCUCCGCCCCCACUCGCAGGACCAAGCGCACUCGGAGGCCCCAGUCCCAAACGUAGUCAGGGAGGCCAGUAGUGUGCCAGGCUGGGUAGAUGCCCCUCAGCAGCCUUCCCUCUCUUCUCUAACUCAUCCAAAGAUGGGGGCUGGGGUGGAAGGUGGGGAGCCAGACUCCAAAAGGACCCCGAGGGCAUGAAGUUUCUGAUCCCCACUGGGAAGAGACAGUACUUGUGUAUCCCAGGGUGGGCACCAUUCUAUGGAACAGGUUUGAGGCCAGAGGCAGACCCCGGCAGAAGAAAUAGGGUCUCCUUGACUUAAAAUGCCUGCUUCCCAGCAUCUACCUGAAAUAAGCAGGCAGGUCAGCAGAUCCCAGAGCUUGCACAACUGUGCUCAAAUCUUGCUCCCUGAACCUCUCUGAAUCUGAACCAAAUAGCCAAACUCUUGGCCGGCCAGACAGUAGGGACUUACGGUUUUGUUUUCAAAAACAGACAGAGACAGAAAGAGAAACAAAAGCCAGUCAGCCACUGUUCUUUUUUCUCGCCCCAGGCCUGCGUCCCCACCCCAAGCCCCAGAAUAAAACCAUUUUCCUGCAA